GGGCGGAGCCCGGGCCUGUCCGCCCGCGCAGGUGAGCGAGCCGGGGCGGAGCGCAGCGCAGCCGCCGCCAGGCGCCCGGGGCCCCUGCUCGGAGCCACGGGCCACUGUCGCUUUCCCCACCAAGGCCGAGGCGUCCCGGAGCCAUGGCCGGCCUGAACUGCGGGGUCGCAGUCGCACUGCUAGGGGUCCUGCUGCUGGGUGUGGAGCGCCUGCCGCGCGGCGCAGAAGCUUUCGAGAUUGCUCUGCCACGAGGAAGCGGCAUUACCGUUCUCAUAAAGCUGGGGGCCUUGACCGUGCCCGUGAAACCCUGCUACGUCGUCGUUUCCAAAAGACACGUAACCAUGGUGUCCAUCAAAUCCGGAGAAACAACAGUCUUCACCUUCAGCUGCCAGAAUCCAGAGAAUCACUUUGUCAUGGAGAUCGAGAAGAAGAUUGACUGCACGUCAGGCCCGUGUCCUUUUGGGGAGGUUCAGCUUCAGCCCCCGACAUCGGUGCUGCCCGCCCUCAACAGAACCUUCAUCUGGGAAGUCACGGCUCACAAGAGCAUCGGUCUCGAGCUGCAGUUCUCCACCCCGCGCCUGAGGCAGAUCGCGCCGGGCGACCGCUGCCCGGAUGGAGUCACCCAUGCCAUCAGUGGCCGCCUCGAUGCCACCAUGGUCAGGAUCGGAACCUUCUGCAGCAACGGCACGGUGUCCCGCAUCAAGAUGCAAGAGGGGAUGAAAAUGGCCUUACACCUGCCAUGGUUCCACCCCAGAAACGUGUCCGGCUUCAGCAUCGCGAACCGCUCGUCUAUCAAACGACUGUGCAUCAUCGAGUCUGUGUUUGAGGGCGAGGGCUCGGCCACGCUGAUGUCCGCCAACUACCCGGAGGGCUUCCCCGAGGACGAGCUCAUGACGUGGCAGUUCGUGGUGCCCCCGCACCUGCGGGCCAGCGUCUCCUUCCUCAACUUCAGCCACUCCAACUGCGAGAGGAAAGAGGAGCGGGUGGAGUACUACAUCCCCGGCUCCGCCACCAACCCGGAGGUGUUCAAGCUGGAGGACAAGCAGCCUGGGAACAUGGCUGGGAACUUCAACCUCUCCCUGCAGGGCUGCGACCAAGAUGCCCAAAGCCCAGGGAUCCUCCGGCUGCAGUUCCAAGUUUUGGUCCAACACCCACAAAAUGAAAGCAAUAAAGUCUACGAGGUCGACUUGAGUAACGAGCGAGCCCUGUCGCUCACCAUCGAGCCGCGGCCCGCCAGACACGGCCGCAAGUUUGUCCCCGGCUGCUUCGUGUGUCUGGAGUCUCGAACCUGCAGUGCCAACCUGACCCUGACGCCCGGCUCCAAACACAAGAUUUCCUUCCUUUGCGAUGAUCUGACACGCCUGUGGAUGAAUGCGGAAAACACCAUAAGCUGCAGGGACCACUGGUCCUGCCACUGGAAAUCCUACCCACUCCAGGUGCCGGGCGACAUCCUCCAGCUGCCCGUGCAGCUGCACGACUUCUCCUGGAAGCUGCUGGUGCCCAAGGACAGGGUCAGUAUGGCGCUGGUGCCGGCCCAGAAGCUGCAGCAGCACACUCACGAGCGGCCAUGCGGCACCAGCUUCAGCUACCUCGUGGCCAGCGCCGUCCCCGGCCAGGACCUGUACUUCGGCUCCUUCUGCCCCGGGGGCUCCAUUGAGCAGAUCCAGGUGAAGCAGAACAUCUCGGUGACCCUUCGCACCUUCGCCCCCAACUUCCGCCAAGAGGCCUCCAGGCAGGGCCUGACCGUGUCCUUUAUACCGCAUUUCAAAGAAGAAGGCAUCUUCACGGUGACCCCAGACACAAAGAGCAAGGUCUACCUGAGGACCCCCAACUGGGACCGGGGCCUGCCGGCCCUCACCUCGGUGUCCUGGAACAUCAGCGUGCCCACGGGCCAGGUGGCCUGCCUGACCUUCUCCAAGGAGCGCACGGGCGUGGUGUGCCAGACGGGGCGAGCGUUCAUGGUCCUCCAGGAGCAGCGCACCCGGGUGGAGGAGAUCUUCAGCCUGGAGGAGGAGGCGCUCCCCAAGCCAAGCUUCCACCACCACAGCUUCUGGGUCAACAUCUCUAACUGUAGCCCCGCAAGCGGCAAGCAGCUAGACCUGCUCUUCUGGGUGACGCUUACCCCAAGGACUGUGGACCUGACCGUCAUUGUCAUCGCGGUGGUGGGAGGUGGAGCCUUCCUGCUGUUUGCCCUCGGACUCAUCAUUUGCUUCAUGAGAAAGAAGAAAAAGAAGACAAAUAAGGGCCUUGCCGUGGGCGUCUACAAUGGCAAUGUCAAUACCAAGAUGCCGGGGCAACUAAAAAAGUUUCAGAAAGGACGGAAGGACAAUGACUCCCAUGUGUAUGCAGUCAUCGAAGACACCAUGGUGUACGGGCAUCUGCUACAGGAUUCCGGUGGGUCCUUCCUCCAGCCAGAGGUGGACACCUACCGGCCCUUCCAGGGCACCAUGGGGGACUGCCCCCCCUCCCCACCCCCCACAUGCUCCAGGCCCCCAACUCUGAAGUUGACCGCGGAUGAGCCACCCCUUUGCCUUGCUCCCGAGUCUGACAGCGAACCGUACACCUUCUCCCACCCCAGCAAUGGGGACGUAAGCAGCAGGAACACAGAUGUUCCUUUGCUGGACACUCAGCAGCCCGUGGAGCCAGCAGAAUAAUUUGCACACGUUGCAAAGACUUCCCUGCGUAAAGCAAGGCACCGAGACACACUUUUGUGUUCCCAGCCUAACGAGGAAUUAUGUGGAAGGAACAGCAGAUGGUUUUCUGGGGCACCACCACCGUCACAUUUCUUGGUGGACUCAGUCCAGUGAUGAGACAUUGAAAAUGACAAGUUCCGAUCUGGACACAGUCAUCACAGUUCACGUCCUUCCACCCUCAGGUUGUGUCGUUAGCCAGCCCAUAAUGAGAGGAGACCUGAGUCACGCAGCACAGGGUCGCGGCAAUCCCUGGAUUCGGAGUGACAGACAGAAGCUCGCCCUCUUCAGGGCAACAGUUCCGAUUCCUGGGGGCCUGCCUGAGGUCCCCGCUCUCAUUGGGGGCCCCUGGAUGAAAAUGACACUGUGCCUUUUUAUUAUUAUUAUUUGUUUGGUGGUCCUAUGUAUUUAAGAGGUCAAAUGUGUAACCAUGUAGCUCUUUUCACCUGACAGGAUGCUAACUGGUUUGGAUGCCUGGAUUUAACUUCCACGCACCACUACACAAACGCGUCCCUGUCCCC